GUGAGAAAGCACUGGACGGCAUUCUGGGGGUAGAAUUUCCACGCCUGGGUCAGCCUUAUAACCAGUCCCCAGUUCUUGUUUUGACGCCCUAGGGAGUUUCUGUGAGAACCAGAUGUGCGUUGGCCGUGGAGCCAGUGCCUGUGGUAAACAGCCAGCUGAGGUCUGGAAGAGGUGUCUUGUACUGUGCUGCAAGUGCUGACCAGUGCACAUCUGGCAGGCCCUGGGCUCGAAGGUUGUGCAGGGCAGUUCACUGCUGCCUGGUCUUUCCCCUCCACUGCCUGGCUGAGGUGCUUCAGAAACACAUAGCAUGCUGCUCCACAACAUGACCGGGGGCAAUGAAGCCAUGAAAUGCCUUGUUUCCUCUGCUAUAGCAAGAAUUAGGAUACACAGUUUGGCCUGUGCUGACUAUUUCAUGGCCUCAUUCUGAGCUAUGCUGUGCCCCUGCAACAGACACCAUUGUUCAGAAGUAUUAGGAAUUCUUCCCACUUCUGGUCAAGCCGCCUUUGCUCUUCUUGCAACUUAAAAACUUAAACAACUUGUAAGAACUGCUGUUCGUACAACUCUGGCUCUGCUCCUAUAUUGGGUUUGUGUAGCAAGAUUUUAUAGUGGAUGGGGGCUACAAGGGUGGCUUUUCUGAGAAGCCACUCCCUUCCUGCCUUUUCUCCUACAGGCACGUCACUUGCUGCCAGUGGCAUGAGAAGUCACCGAAUGUAUUAGGACUGCAUGUUCUGUGGUUUACAGAUGCAGCUGGCCACCCCCCUGCAGCUUGCUGUGUCAGGCCUUUGCUUUGCACAUGCUGCCACAGCCGAGGUUGAAGACAGCUGGUGUGUUUUUCACCCUGUGACAGGUGCCAGAAACUGCCUCAGGCACGCUCCAUUGCUGCACCAGCCCCAAGCAUGGAAGAGCUGCAGCCAGGCAGGAUAGGUGGGAUGUGCUGAUUUUUGACAGCUGUGGUAAAACAGAGCUCCAUGAGAUGCAGAUGAGGAUCUUGGCAUGAACAGCUGUGUGCCAGGAGUAGUGUUCUGGUCUUGGUGUGUCCCCAGUUGCAGAGAUCUGGGGACAAGCUGAUCAAUGUUGCCUUAAGAGGGUCAGUUUCUGCCAACCUGCGUGGAAGGAGCACGGAGUUCUGCCAGCACUGCCAGCUCAGGUGAGCACUGUGGGAAUGCGUGAGUCUUGCUGACCUUGUGCAGAGAUGCUCUGGGCAUGCUUUGCAUGGUGCAGCUGCAGAUGUUGGGUUCGAGCCUGAGCAGAGCUGUAGGUUUCUGUUCCAGAUAGUCAGGGUGAGUUCACAAGCACAGUCAUUCCUGUUUCUCUUUACCAGCAUGUGUUGGGUGAUUUCCUAAGAGAAGAUACAAGCCUCUGUGCAAUCUCCUCCCUAUGAGCGAGACGUACAUGGCUACAGCUCUGUGAAGGACAUCCAGUGAGAACCACCAUGAAGAACAAACCGUGGCUCCAGAAUAUUUUCAUCUGCCUUUUAUUCCAGUACACUGUGUGUUGUGAAAGCCUCACUUGUUUUGUGGACUAUGUACAGACGCUGUCCUGUAUCCUGCGAGAUGAGUUGGGUGCUGGUUCAUACAAUCUCACUGCUACAUGGGUUCCCGAGGAAGAUCCAGAAAAUACUGUGGCAGCCUGCAGUCUCGUGCAAUUGUCAAAAAACACCAGUCACACACAGUACAUGUGCACUGUGGACAUGACUGAACUCCUAGCAGAUACCAAAGUCCAGGUGGAUGUUACGCAGAUAGCUGAUAGGCAGCACGUGCUUUCCAAAGAAUUUUAUUUGUCAGACAACAUAAAACCACAGCCUCCAUUCAACCUGACCGCUUUGUUCUCAGAGGGUUACAAUAUUUCUUGGGAAACCAUCUACCAGAACUCUUCCUUCGACUUUUUGAAUGAGGAGCUGGAGUAUCAGCUGCGUUACAAAAGAAGAACUGACACCUGGGAGACUCAGAAGACUAAAGCUGUUCAUGAAGAUAAACGGACAUUGGUGAUCCUGCCAUGGGAACUACAGGCGGACACUGAGUACGAGUUCCAAGUGAGAGCUAGACCCCGGGAAGACAGUGACUAUGGUGGCUUUUGGAGUGAAUGGAGUUCUCCGCUGUCACUGAAAACCAGCCCUGCCGCAGUGACACAGACAGCAGGCAUGGAAUGGCUGUUGUUGUUUGGUAUUGUCGUGGCAAUCAUGGCUUCAAUCACAACAUUUCUGGCCAAACAGCAGAGCUUGUGGAAGAAGAUGGCUUGCAUCCCAGACCCUGCUCCCUUUUUCAAACCUCUUUACAUGGCUCAUAAUGGAGAUUUUAAGAAGUGGGUUGGUGCAUCCCAUAUGAAAAUGACCUUUGAUUUCUUUGAAUGGGGAAUAGUCCUUCCAGAAGUCCUAGAAGUUUACACCAUGCAUCCUUCCAACAGCACCCCACCGGAAGAGCUGCAUGAGCUAAGAAAGAAUCUGCCUUGCAAGCCCUGUGUGUCUUGCCUGACUACCCCAGGUCAUGGUAGCCAGUCACCGUGGUGCAGUGUAAACAGCAGUGAUGGGACUGAGGACCAGUCAUAUGGGCAUUUGUCAAUUGAUACAGUGACUGUGGCUGAUGAAUUUACAUCUUGUAACUGCCAGUGCAGCUGUAAUCAUGUGUACAAGGAACAUGACCAUGCCAACAAGGAAGAUGAUAGUGCUGGAGAACCCGGUUACCCCAAGGUUAACCUUGAUGAGGAAGACAGAAAGAUAUCCGGUGACUUACAUUUGGCUGAUCUGAGUACACAGGACAAAAUACUUGCUUCAGGCUCUGUGUCCACAGACCACCUGAGGAGCACAAGUGUCCCAGUCAACCAGCAAGGAGAAAGGGGAGUGGAAGGAGGUGUGGGGAGCAUCCUAGAAGCCCUUUGCUUGCAGCCUUAUCAGUGGGAUUUGGAAAAUCCAGGUUCUCUACCCUCUCCUGAUGGUGAAAGUGUUUCCUACAGUGAAGGCUCCUAUGACUUCUUCCCUCACAAUACAAAGCCUGGUGACAGUUAUCCUUUGAUCUGUGUAGAUUUGGACACUAUUGACAGUGGCUUUGUAGACUCAGACUGUGGAAGUCCAGUUGACUCUGAAUUUGGGCAAAACAGUCAGACCAUUUGUGGGUCCAUCCCUCUUGAGCAAGAGGGGCAAGACUUUACAAGGAGCUACGUCAAGCAGUGGGUCUCCUGCCGCCCUGAGAGCCCUGUCAGUGGGACACAGACAAACUAAGGACUGGAUGAGUGUGGGGCCUUUUUCAUAGUGUGCCAGGAGCAAACGGCUAGCAAAAUUCAGAAGAGAAAAGUUUACUUUGUGUAAGCUCUAUUGCAUAAGUUGACACCUGUUAGGUCCACAGAAAUAUACCUGUUUCUAUUCCCACUCAUCCUAUUAAUGUCUCAAAUUUAUUGUGAUUGAUUGUUCUUGAGUUCUGUUGGGUUUUGUUU